AGUAGCAAAAGCAAACCAACAAAACAAACAUCUAAACAACAAUCAGUUUGGUGAAAUAUAAUUCGUGAUUUCUGUGAUAAAUCGGUCUUUAACUCACCUGGAUCCUGUGCGAAAACGUUCCUUGACACUGCCGGAAGAUGCUGUAUUUGGAGGAUUAUCUCGAAAUGAUUGAGCAUUUGCCUCAAGAACUUCGGGAUCGCUUUACGGAAAUGCGAGAAAUGGAUCUUUCUGUACAAAACAACAUUGACUCCCUGGACAAACGUGCACGCACCCUCUUCCAGCAGUGUCGUCGUGGUGAGCUUAUUGGCAAUCAGGCUGAUUCGGAGUUCGAUUCUAUCCGCAAAGACUACUACCGGGUGCUGGAAGACUCGGACGAAAAGGUACAGUUGGCUGGUCAGAUGUAUGACCUGGUCGAUCGCUAUCUCCGCCGGUUGGACAGCGAGCUGUACAAAUUUAAGUGCGAACUGGAGGCGGAUCACAAUGGAAUAACGGAAAUUCUGGAGAAGCGUUCACUGGAGCUGGAUUCCUCCACCAGUAAUGGAGGACUGAAUCAGAAGGAAAACAGAUAUUUUGAUACGCUGACCGGAAUUUCGAAUGCGAUUUCCAGUUCAACCGCCGCUCGGGUUGAAAGCCGAUAUACUAUCAAGCCGGAGAAACGCCGCGAAAGCAGUAUGGUGUCCCUAUCGUCGUUGGGUGGCGCUCCGCCAGAGAAGCGUCAGGCGGUGGCCACCGCCAGCGCCAGUAUUGCGAGUAGUCCUUCAGUCCGUCCGACUACGCCGAAUGUUGCAGCUACCAGCGAUUCAUACCACAAGCUUCCUCCGACCAGUUCCGUCGCGCCCAGAGCUACCUCUUCGGUGGCCUACAAUUUGCAACAGUUCGGGGCGGGUAAUGUCAUUGCGGCUGCUGCCAGCCAAGCCAUAGCUCAGACCCAACAGAUGCAACAGGGUAGGAGAACCGCCAGCUUGAAGGCAUCGUACGAAGCUAUUCAUGGCGCCGGGGGGACCGGAACGGGACCGCACGAUUUGCUAAUCAACAGGGAGCUGGCGGGGGCAACGCACAAUGCGCUGCAGGCUGUUGAUCGUGAAACGAGUAAUGCGUUCUCUAAUCAGCAGAGGAGACAACAUAAGAAGAAACUGACCGCAAAUACUUCGGCUGCAGCCACACUGUUACAAGCACACCAGAAGCAGCAGCACUCAGCCGCCCUCAGUCCUAACCUGUCCUCCCCGUCUCUAGAUCUUUUAGAGCCCUCGGUGCCGGGAGUGCUGUCCGGGGUGGGAGCGGGCUCCCUCGGUGUGGCAGGCGGGACUUCGGUUGCCCCGUCCGGCAGCGGAUCGGGUGGUCUCGGGAUAGGUGGUGUUGGUGGCGGUGUCGGCAUCGGUGCCGGUAUCGGAACCAGUUCCGGUGGAUCGGCACAUACGGCUCACCUGCCGGGUGGCCCCCCGCUGGGACCGAGCGUGGUGCUCAACGAGAACGGCAUGGUGGUGGAGCAGACCCCGGAGGGCGAGUGGACCUACGAUCCGAACGAACCGCGCUACUGCAUCUGUAAUCAGGUCUCGUACGGCGAUAUGGUUGCAUGCGAUAAUGAGGAUUGUCCCUUCGAGUGGUUCCACUAUCCGUGUGUGAACAUCACAUCGACGCCGAAGGGCAAGUGGUACUGCCCGCAGUGCAGCAGCUCGAUGAAGCGACGCGCCUCUCGGAAGAACUAAUGAUGCACGUGGCGACCGGGAGCGCGGUACAUGGAUACGGUAAUUUGGCAAUUCAUCGUUCCAGAGCAUGCCGUAGCAUUGCUGCUAAUACCUACAAGAAAUUUAUAUUGUUGGGCGUGCGCCCCAUGUUCGUGUGUAUUCCUAUGUGGGCAGUAUAUUGGCGUUCUUCGACUCAAAGUUUAUUUAAUUAGCCCGUCCAUUUAGGACGAUGAGUUUACAUAAUUUCCACACCUUGGCUAAUUCUUAAUAGCAAGCUAAAGUAUAUUGAAUGGGAAUCUAUCGAAUAAUAAUAGUCAAAUUAAAUACUAACCAGCCGAACCUAUAGAA